AUUAUUUUUUUAAAUUGAUAUACUCAAAUUGUAUGACAUCUAUCUAAUAACAUUCUCAAGCGGAAAGACCAAAGGAAUAAUAGAAGUAAUAGAAAUCAACUUCAUCAAGAGACUCAGAAUCAUCAGACCCCUCUUAUGAUUUCGUUAAGGAUUUGAACCAGAAGUCUUCGCUAAAGAGAACUCCAGAGGAAGAAUAGGAUCUUCUCUACAGAUAUAAAGGAAAGCAUGGGUUAAAGUACUAGAAAAUAUCAAAUGAACUGCGAUAAAAACUUAUCAAGCAGGUAACAACAACAGGGUGCACAAUCAAAAGUGCUGCAAGAGAUUUGAACAUUAAUUUUUCUACGGCAAAGGCUAUUAUGCAAAUUUAUAGAAAAGAAGGUAGAACUUCUAAAAAAAUCAAGAGGACUAAGACUUUGGAAGAAUUGAAGAAUCCUGAGUAAUUAAUUUAAGCAGGAUUAUAAAAAGAAGAUUAAUGCUAGCCAAGACAAAAUACUGUAUAGGACAGUAUAGAGACUAUUCAUUAUCAAUAAGUGGAGGAGAAUAAUAGAAAUUAAGCCAUAAUAAUAUAAUAGAUAAAUGCGUAGAAUUAAUAUUUAUAAGGGAGAGUAAAUUAAUUAUAACAAGAGAAAUCAUAAUUGUGUUAAAAUUAUUCCUAUUUGAAUUUUCAGUAUAAUUAAUUAUAACAAAUGGUCAGGCAAACCAUGCCACCAUAUUCAAAGCCAUAUCAAUUUUGAUUAUUAUUGAAUAUUGUAUUAAGAUUAUUAAUUAAUUAAUAUAAACCCUAGU